CCCUCCCACUUGUCCGGCUCCGCCUCACCACCAGGCCCGCAUCCUGGCUCCACCUCUGGACUUCCCCAAUCCUAUGUCGCCCUUUCCAUUGGUCUCUCGCUGCCCGUAUGGCCCAAUCGCAGCACUUAGCGCCAGAAUUUGAACCGCCGUUUUCGUUUGAAUUGGGCGGGCACGGCGGGCAGCCUUGGCGCGGAACCGCCUUGGAGGACACUCGGGACGGGCGGGCGGGCGGCCGGCCGUGUGUACCAGGGACGCGGGCGGCGGGCGGCGGGUGUGCGGGUCGGGGCGGAGCGAAGGCCGCGGGUGGCCGUGGUCGGACCUCCGCGGCUGAGGAGCCGAGGGUUCUGACGCGGGCUGCACCCGGUGAGCCGCGGGCAGAGCUAACUUUCGCUGUCAGAACCAGCUGAGGAGCGGCCGGGCGGCGAGACGGCGAGCUUCACAGAGGGGCUACUCCGCCCUCGGCCGCAGUCACUGACUCCGGACUGACGGCCGGGCGGACCAUGGCGUCCUCAGCUCGCCUGGUCACCAUCAAACGGAGCGGCGAUGACGGCGCACACUUCCCGCUGAGCCUCAGCUCCUGCCUGUUUGGAAGGAGUAUUGAAUGUGACAUUCGUAUACAGCUGCCUGUAGUGUCAAAAAAACAUUGCAAAAUUGAAGUCAAAGAACAAGAGGCAAUAUUAUAUAAUUUCAGUUCCGCCAAUCCAACUCAAGUAAAUGGCACUAUUAUAAAUGAGCCUGUGCAGCUGAAACAUGGAGACAUAAUAACAAUCAUUGACCGCUCCUUUAGGUAUGAAGACGGAAGCCAUGAUGGAAGCAGGCCAACAGAAUUCCCGAGAAAGUCACUUGGAAAGGAACCAGCACGGCGAGCCUCAAGAGAUACCAUCUCUGCUGACCCUGAUGGGAAAGAUCAAGAUACCAAAGCUUCAAAAAUGACUGCUUCAAGAAGAUCUUUUGUCUAUGCCAAGGGGCUUUCUGCAGAUAGUCCUGCCUCAGAUGACUCAAAGGACAGUGUUACCCAAGAUUCAUCAGGGCAUGUAGAACAGCACGAUCGCAGAAACCUAGGAGAACCCACUUCUGGGGAUCUCUUUAAGAAGUUCAGGGCUACACGGAGCAGUUACGGGGACCUGAAGUCUUCUCCUGCACAGAGCCUUAGCAAUAGCAACAAAAAUGAAUCUCCCUUCGAGAAACUUUAUCAGUCAAUGAAGGAAGAGUUGGAUGUAAAAUCAGAGAAAUCUCAUAGAAAAUCAGAACCCCAAUUUGACCGUGCAGCAGAAGAAUCGUGGGAGACAGAGCGAUUGGUGUCAUGCAAGGCAAGACCAAAGUCCAGUAGAAGCACCCCUGUUACAGCAACCUCUUCACCCAAAGUAGGAAAGAGCUGGACCGAGAGAUGGAGAGGUGGUGUGGGGCCUGUUCAGACUCCCACAGAGACAGCUAAAAUGAAGACCCCUGUGCAGAAGGCACAGCAGCUUAAGGAUGAAGACUCUCGUGUUCCUGGCAGAAGAAAUUCUGUGAAUCUGGAUGAAAGUGAAAGUGCCCAGGCAGUUCAUAAAAUAGUCACUCCUGGGAAACUGGUAACUAGAAAUCAAGCUGCAGUAAAAGUUGGACAUGUUGCCAGCCCUGCCAAUACACCAGAACAUUCCUCUUCCAAAAAGAGAAGAAGUAUUCCUGCAGACAUGGAGGUUCCAUGUGCAGAGACACAAAAGCGGCUCUCUUUAACACAGUGCCUUGCUCCAGGUGAAAAGAAAAGUCCCAAGGAUUCCUUCAGCAAGCCUGAGAAACUGGGCACAGUGGCCAAACAGACUUGCUCUGGUAUAACUGGCCUUAGUUCCAUUGAUAUCAGCAACUGUGGUGAUUCCAUUAACAAGAGUGAGGGAGUGCCUUUGAAGAGAAGACGUGUAUCCUUUGGGGGUCAUCUAAGACCUGAAUUAUUUGAUGAAAACUUGCCUCCUAAUACUCCACUCAAAAGAGGAGAAACACCAACGAAGAGGAAGUCUCUUGGCACUCACAGUCCAGCUGGCCUAAAGAAAAUCAUCAAGGAACGGCCUCCGUCUCCAGGGAAACAAGAGUCUCCUGGAGUAACUCCACCAAGGACAAAUGAUGAAAGACGAAGAUCAGGCAGGACUUCACUUGCUUCCAGCGGAAGCAAAUUCUUAUAUGAGACAGACAUUCCCAAGAAAGCAGGCAGGAAGAGUGGCAACCUGCCUGCGAAGAGAGCAUCCAUCAGCCGAAGUCAGCAUGGCAUUCUACAGAUGAUUUGCUCCAAAAGAAGAAGUGGUGCUUCUGAAGCCAACCUGAUUGUUGCAAAAUCAUGGGCUGAUGUUGUAAAACUUGGCGUGAAACAAACGCAAAUGAAAGUUGUGAAACAUGUCCCUCAAAAGCAGACAAGAAAAAGACAAAGAAGACCCAGUACUCCAAAGAAACCUACAAGCAGCCUUCACGAUCAAUUUACUACAGGCCAUGCAAACUCACCCUGUACCAUUGUAAUAGGGAGAGCACAGACUGAAAAGGCAAGCAUGCCUGCCCGACCCUACAAAAUGCUGAACAACUUGAUGCUAAACUGGAAAAUGGACUUCAGUGAAGAUCUGUCAGGACUAACUGAAAUGUUCAAGACUCCAGUGAAGGAGAAGCAGCAGCAGAUGAGUGACGUGGGCUCCAUUCUGUCUGAUUCAGAGAAUUUGUCUGAAAGACAGUUGCAAGGAACCAACUCAGAAGACACACCCCCACCCACCGCCUCAGAGAUUUUGGGAGAAAAAGUGCUCCUCAGUACUCAGAAUGCAGCAAAGCAGCAAUCCAAUAAAUAUUCUGCAAGUUCUACCUUAAGACGGCAGAGCAUCAAACAUGAAAACACAGUGCAAACUCCUAAGAAUGUCCAUAACAUUACGCAAAUUGAGAAGAAGACUCCAGCCUCUGAGACAGAGCCUCUAAAGACAGCAUCAAGUAUGAGCAAGUUAAGGAGAUCUAGAGAGCUCAGACAUACCCUUGUCAAAAGUAAGAAUGAAAAAACAGAAGCAGUCCUUGCCAAGAGCAUCACAGGAAGACAUCUACGGAAGACAUUUCAAGGACAAGAAGUAGACCAACAAGUGCAGGGCAGUGAAAACUCUUCACAAAGAUGCGAGGAAAACAGUAAAUUAAGUGAAGAUUCAGAAAAGACAUCCGCUAGGAGAUCAAGUGCCAGGAAGCAGAAACUAACAAAAGACUUAGUAGGAAGUCAGAUGGUCACCCAAUCAGCAGACUGUGCUGAGGACCUACUUAGUCAAGAACAAGGAACAAUACAAAACCUAGAGGAAUCCAUGUACACGCAAAACACAUCAAAAAGUGAUCAAGGAGUUGCAAAACAGAAAGUUAACACAGUGGUAGAUGCAACCAGAGUGAAGCGCUGGUCAAAGACCCCUGUCAAAAUGACACACCCUCUAGAAGGUGCAGCUGAUUUCACGGAGCACUUUGAAACACCAGAUCUCAAAGAUGAACCCAUAGGUGAUGAUGAAACUAAAGUCCUUUGCAAAUCCCCACAACCCAAAACAGAGAACCUCAAGGCAAGCGCAAAGCCACGGACCAGCACAUCUAGGAGGAAAGUAGAUAGGAAGGAAGAACUCUCUGCCGUGACAAAGCUUAUACAUAUGUCAGGGGAAAGUAGGCAUACUCCCAAAGUUCUAAAACUUGAGCAUGGGGAUAUCAAAGCUUUGAGGCAAUCUGAAAAUGAAAUGCUGGCUGCAACAGUAACUGGAAGCAAGAGGCCUUUAGAAAAAGCUAAGGAAAAGGCUCAGCCUGUGGAAGACCUGACUGGUUUCGAGGAACUCUUUCUAUCACCAGUCCCUGGUGACAAAAUCACAAAAAUGCCCAGCAAAUCUCCACACACAGAAUCAGUCAGAACUCCAGCAAGCACAAAGAGACUGUCCACGACAGGUCUCAGUAAGGUGGAUGUGAGAGAAGAGCCUGCAACCCUUGGGAAAAGAACAAAGUCAUCAGGCAGAGUGACAGGCACACCAGCACCAGCCCAGGAAGAUAAUGAUACCACAACCUUCAUGGAAACUCCCAAGCAGAAACUGGAUUUCACAGGAAAUUCAACUGGACAUAAGAGAAGGUCACAAGCAUCCAAGAACAGGGCUCAGCCCCUAGAAGACCUGGAUGGCUUCCAAGAACUCUUCCAAACACCAGCUGCUGCUAGGACCCCUGUGACUGUUGAUGAAAGUGCAAAGGUGUCUCUGGAAUCUGUACAACCACAACUAGUCAUAACCUCAGCAAGCACAAAGAGACUGUCCAAGACAGGUCUCAGUAAGGUGGAUGUGAGAGAAGAGCCUUCGACCCUGGGGAAACGAACAAAGUCAUCAGACACAGUGACAGGCACACCGGCACCAGUGCAGGAAGAAAAUAACACCAUGGCCUUUAUGCAAACUCCAAAGCAGAAACUGGAUUUCACAGGAAAUUCAACUGGACAUAAGAGAAGGUCACGAGCAUCCAAGAACAGGGCUCAGCCCCUAGAAGACCUGGAUGGCUUCCAAGAACUCUUCCAAACACCAGCUGCUGCCAGUGACCCUGUGACUGUUGAUGAAAGUGCAAAGGUGUCUCUGGAGUCUGUACAACCACAACUAGUCAUAACCCCAGCAAGCACAAAGAGACUGUCCAAGACAGGUCUCAGUAAGGUGGAUGUGAGAGAAGAGCCUUCGACCCUGGGGAAACGAACAAAGUCAUCAGACACAGUGACAGGUACACCGGCACCAGUGCAGGAAGAAAAUAACACCACGGCCUUUAUGCAAACUCCAAAGCAGAAACUGGAUUUCACAGGAAAUUCAACUGGACAUAAGAGAAGGUCACGAGCAUCCAAGAACAGGGCUCAGCCCCUAGAAGACCUGGAUGGCUUCCAAGAACUCUUCCAAACACCAGCUGCUGCCAGUGACCCUGUGACUGUUGAUGAAAGUGCAAAGGUGUCUCUGGAAUCUGUACAACCACAACUAGUCAUAACCCCAGCAAGCACAAAGAGACUGUCCAAGACAGGUCUCAGUAAGGUGGAUGUGAGAGAAGAGCCUUCGACCCUGGGGAAACGAACAAAGUCAUCAGACACAGUGACAGGCACACCGGCACCAGUGCAGGAUGAAAAUAACACCACGGCCUUUAUGCAAACUCCAAAGCAGAAACUGGAUUUCACAGGAAAUUCAACUGGACAUAAGAGAAGGUCACGAGCAUCCAAGAACAGGGCUCAGCCCCUAGAAGACCUGGAUGGCUUCCAAGAACUCUUCCAAACACCAGCUGCUGCCAGUGACCCUGUGACUGUUGAUGAAAGUGCAAAGGUGUCUCUGGAAUCUGUACAACCACAACUAGUCAUAACCCCAGCAAGCACAAAGAGACUGUCCAAGACAGGUCUCAGUAAAGUGGAUGUGAGAGAAGAGCCUUCGACCCUGGGGAAACGAACAAAGUCAUCAGACACAGUGACAGGCACACCGGCACCAGUGCAGGAAGAAAAUAACACCAUGGCCUUUAUGCAAACUCCAAAGCAGAAACUGGAUUUCACAGGAAAUUCAACUGGACAUAAGAGAAGGUCACGAGCAUCCAAGAACAGGGCUCAGCCCCUAGAAGACCUGGAUGGCUUCCAAGAACUCUUCCAAACACCAGCUGCUGCCAGUGACCCUGUGACUGUUGAUGAAAGUGCAAAGGUGUCUCUGGAAUCUGUACAACCACAACUAGUCAUAACCCCAGCAAGCACAAAGAGACUGUCCAAGACAGGUCUCAGUAAGGUGGAUGUGAGAGAAGAGCCUUCGACCCUGGGGAAACGAAGAAAGUCAUCAGACACAGUGACAGGCACACCGGCACCAGUGCAGGAUGAAAAUAACACCAUGGCCUUUAUGCAAACUCCAAAGCAGAAACUGGAUUUCACAGGAAAUUCAACUGGACAUAAGAGAAGGUCACGAGCAUCCAAGAACAGGGCUCAGCCCCUAGAAGACCUGGAUGGUUUCCAAGAACUCUUCCAAACACCAGCUGCUGCCAGUGACCCUGUGACUGUUGAUGAAAGUGCAAAGGUGUCUCUGGAAUCUGUACAACCACAACUAGUCAUAACCCCAGCAAGCACAAAGAGACUGUCCAAGACAGGUCUCAGUAAGGUGGAUGUGAGAGAAGAGCCUUCGACCCUGGGGAAACGAACAAAGUCAUCAGACACAGUGACAGGCACACCGGCACCAGUGCAGGAUGAAAAUAACACCACGGCCUUUAUGCAAACUCCAAAGCAGAAACUGGAUUUCACAGGAAAUUCAACUGGACAUAAGAGAAGGUCACGAGCAUCCAAGAACAGGGCUCAGCCCCUAGAAGACCUGGAUGGCUUCCAAGAACUCUUCCAAACACCAGCUGCUGCCAGUGACCCUGUGACUGUUGAUGAAAGUGCAAAGGUGUCUCUGGAAUCUGUACAACCACAACUAGUCAUAACCCCAGCAAGCACAAAGAGACUGUCCAAGACAGGUCUCAGUAAAGUGGAUGUGAGAGAAGAGCCUUCGACCCUGGGGAAACGAACAAAGUCAUCAGGCAGAGUGACAGGCACACCGGCACCAGUGCAGGAAGAAAAUAACACCACAACCUUCAUGGAAACUCCAAAGCAGAAACUGGAGUCUUUAGGAGAUUUAACAGGGCUUAGGAAACAGUCCAGAACACCUAAAGCAAAAGCCCAAUAUCUAGAGGACAUAUCUGGUUUUCAGGAGGGUUUCCAGACACCAGACCAUGCCAAUGGCCCAUUAGCAGUUGGCAAAACCAAAAAAAUGUCCUUUAUUUCUCCACAACCAGGAAGUGCCAUAACCCUAAAGAGCAUAGAGAGACAGUCUAGGGCAAGUAUGAGUAACAUGAAUGUUAAAGAAGAACUUUUAGAAUCAGAGGAACACCUACAAUUAGGAGAAGGUAUAGACACACUUCAAGUACCUAACAACAACAAAGUCUUUAGGUCAUCUAGGAAACCUGCAAAGCGUAAACUGGAUCCAACAGCUAGUAUGCCUAGCAGUAAGAGGAUGAGACGUUCCUCAAAGGAUAGCACACCAAGCCUAGAAGACGUGACUGGUUCCCAACAGCUUUGCCAAAUGCCAGGCCAUGCUAAGGACUCUUUGAACACUGAAGCCUCAACAAUGUUUACUAAACCACCACAAUCAGGACCAGUUAGAACCCAAAACAACAGAAAGAGUCUGCCCAAGAUUAGCCUGAGACAAGUAGAUGUGACGGGAGGAAUUUCAGUUCUCGGGAAGCAGUCACCUGGCAGAGCCCUCACAGCACCAGUGCAGGCGGAUAAUGGGAUCAAAGCAAUUAUGGAGACUCCAAAGGAAACACUGGCAACUGCAGCAGAUUUAACUGGGUUUACCAGACCACAACAAACACCUAAGGAAAAAGACCAGCCCCUGGAAGAUUAUGGUGGCUUCCAAGAACUCUUCCAAACACCAGCUGGUGCCAGUGACUCAGUGACUGUUGAGGAAAGUAAAAAGAUGCCAGUGGAAUCUUUACAACCACAACCAGUCAGAACCCCAGCAAGCACAAAGAGACUGUCCAAGACAGGUCUCAGUAAGGUGGAUGUGAGAGAAGAGCCUUCAACACCUGGGAAAAGAACAAAGUCAUCAGACACAGUGACAGGCACACCUGCACCAGUGCCGGAAGAAAAUGACACCACACCCUUUAUGCAAACUCCAAAGCAGAAACUGGAAUUCACAGGAAAUUCAGCAGGACAUAAGAGAAGGUCACGGACACCUAAGACCAGAGCUCAGCCCCUAGAAGACCUGGAUGGCUUCCAAGAACUCUUCCAAACACCAGCUGGUGCCAGUGACCCUGUGACUGUUGAUGAAAGUACAAAGGUGUCUCUGGAAUCUUCACAACCACUACCAGUCAUAACCCCAGCAAGCACAAAGAGACUGUCCAAGACACCAGGACAGAACAAGGAUUUAGUGACACUGGACAAUCUUGCAAAAAUGCCAGGCAGUUCUCCACCACCAGAGCCAAUAGAUACUUCAGUAAUCUCAGGUAGACAGCUCAGAACUCGUCUUAGGAACCUUUAUGUGAAAAAUGAACUGUCAGAAGACGGAAUGCAUCCAAAAAUGUCAGGGGAAAUUGUGGACUCAUCUAGAGCACCAGGAGGUGAAGAGAAAGUCAUUAAAGCAAGGAAGCAAUGUGUAAAGCGGAAAUUGGACACAGCAGUCAAUUUACCUAGCAGCAAGAGGCAAAGAAUUGCAGGAGCAGAAGAGCCACAGACCCUAGAGGAUCUGCCUGGCUUCCAAGAGCUCUGCCAAGCUCCAUGCUUGGUAAUGGACUCAGUUAUUGUUGACAAAACCACAAAGGUGCCCAGCAAAUCUCCAGAACCUGUGGAUACAACUUCAGAGAUAAAGCCAAGAAGACGACUCAAGAGACUGGGUGUGACUGAAGAGCCCAUACCACAAAGAACGACUACAAGAGUGUUAAGGCAAACCAGAAACACACACAAAGAGCCCAUAGAUAGUAGUAAUGGUGUAGAUGAGUUUAAGGAGUCUUCGGCACAGAAACAAGACCCAGCCAUAAGUUUAACCGGCAGGAGGAAUCAACCAAGAAAGGUUAAGGAAAAGACCCAACCCUUGGAAGAGCUGACUAGUUUCCAAGAGGAAAUUGCCACAAGAAUGUCUUGCAAAUCUCCACAACCAGAAGAGAAGAAAACCUUAGUAGGCUUAAAGAAGCAGCUCAGAAUACAACUAUUCAAAGUGGGUGUGGAAGAGGAGCCCACAGCACAGAGAAAGCAACCAGCCAGGGAAACCAGGAGCAGACUCAAAGAGCCCAUGGGUAACAGGAUAAAUGUUGAAGAGCUUAAGAAGUCUACAGAGCAGAAAAUUGACCCAGUAGCAAGUAUGACUGUCAGCAAGAGGCCACGGAGGAUACCCAAGGAAAAGGCACAGACCGUAGAAUUGGCUGGUCUCAAAGGACCAAUCCAAACCCUAGGUCACACUGAGGAAUCUGCAAGGGAUAAAGAACCCACACAGAUGCCCUGUAAUUCUCUACAACCAGAGCAAGUUGAUAGCCUCCAACCCUCACCAAGACGUCCCAGGACAAGACAUGGGAAAGUAGAGGCAGACAAGCCUUCAGCAGUAAGGAAGACAGUGCCAACAUCAAGGCAAAGUGUGCGAUCCCGAAAGGUCACUGAAAUUGAUGACAAUGGUACCAAAGCUUCAAAGGCACCUGUAAAGCAGACAUUAGAUACAGUAGCCAAAGAAACUGACAGCAAAAGGCAGCUAAGGACACGUAAGAAUGGGGUUCAACCUCUUGAAGUCCUGGGUGACUCCAAAGAAAUAACACAAAUAUCAGAUCACUCUGAGAAACUAAGACAUGACACUAAUAUUCUUAAGAGCACUCUACAGCAAAAGCCAGACUCAAUGAAACCUCUGAGAAAAUGCAGAAGAGUGCUGAGGACCUCUAAAGAGGACCCCAAAGAAGUGUUGAUGGAUACCAGUGACCUUGCAGCAUUACAAAGCAAAAGCAACCUUUACCUGUCCCCCCCCAGGAAGUCUGCAAGAGAUGGAAGGAUUUUGAAAACCAGGACUUUGUGCUCUGUAACCCCAAAGCAGGAAGCAACAGGUGAGAAGCCUGUACAUAAGAAACAAAGGGCAGCUUCUACCAAGAGGCAGGUGUCACCUGAGCCGGUGAAGGUGAAACACCUGAGAAGUGUGUCACAUAAACGUGAAUCUGUGGAGGAGCACAUUAGCACCAUUAUGCAAAUAGAAGAAAUGGAAGCCAAAAGAGAGAACCCUGUCACUCCAGAUCAGAAAAUACCCCAGAGCUCUAGGUACCGAAAGAAAACUGAAAAACAGCCAAGCCCCAAGUUUGAUGCGUCUGCAGAGAAGGUUGGGAUAAAGAAAAAUGAGAAAACAAUGAAGAUCUCCCAGGAGACAGAGCCGCAGAAUCCAGAUCCUGGAACCAAGAAGUCUUCAUCUCUGGGCAAAGUCAGUGGGAAAAGAACAUGUUUGAGGUCUAGAGGACAGACGGAGAUUCCCCAGCCUCAUGAAGCAGAAGAGAAAACAAGAAAAUCAGGUGCAGAAAUCUCGAUAAAGACCCAGCAAGAGAAAGGAGUCUCUGGAGAUCCAGAUGUUAGGCGUUUGAGAUCCAGACAAACUAGAGUCACUUUGGACAAUGAACCUAAGCCAAGAGUAACUCGAGGGGCCAAGAAAGAUGCAAAAACUCUGAAGAAGGAUGAAGACAUUGUAUACACCAAGAUAUUAAGAACAAGAAGUCACCAGAAAAGUGAAACUGUGUAGCAAAGACAUUUAAGAAGGAAAAGUAAAUUUGGUUUAGUGAUAGAUUCCAGUAUGAUUUUCAUCUCCAGUGUGAAGGUGAACUGUAAAUAAUAUUGCCUGUGCUUAAGGAAGGAAGCUUUGAGCUUUCCUGAUCAUACUCUCUUCAAGCUCCAAUGGAGAUCAUGAAGAUCACCAGGGAUCUCUCAGAGCAAUAGCAGUUUAAAUGUUUGGUGGGUAAACAGGUAGAAAUGUGGCCCUCUGUCCUACCCAAUAAAGCUCUGUGAAAUUCA